AUGGAGCCUAUCCAGUUAGAUUAUCACAGUGGAACUGCACUGCUGUCCGGUUUGCUCUCCCUGCCGUGCGAGAGCGAGGAGCCCGUGGUGGGCGGGUCACGGUUCCACGGUGCCUCCACCACAGCCUUCUGGCCCGAGGGCAGGCGCCCAGAGAAGAGACAGACGUUUCGGUGGCUCGGAUUUUGUUUUGGAGACGGUGGUCCCCUAAGCGCUCAGACGACCUCCCCAGAACGGGCGGGGCGGGGUGUCCGGGAGGCGGGCGGUGACGGCUUCGGCGGCUACCACGCCGCUCAAAUAGCCAGCGCCGCGGCCGGAGCUGAGCUGCCGCGGCCGGAGCUGAGCUGCCGCGGCCGCCCAGCCCAUGGUGACGGCGGCGAGCGGGCGGAGCUGCAGGCUUUCCGCGACUACGGCGAGAGCUGGUACCGCUCCCGCAAGGGGCUGGAGAGCCGCUUCCAGCCGCGGGAGCCGCUCGCCCGACAGCCGCAGGUGACGGCAGAGGCGCGCUGCAAGCUGGUCAGCUGGCUCAUCCCCGUGCACCGGCAUUUCGGGCUCUCUUUGGAGGCACUCUGCUUGGCCGUCAACAUCCUCGACCGCUUUCUCGCCACCACCCCCGUGGCCGCCGACUGCUUCCAGCUCCUGGGGGUAACAGCUCUGCUCAUCGCCUGCAAACAGGUGGAAGUGCACCCUCCUAGCGUGAAAGAGCUCCUCGCCCUCUGCUGCGACGCCUUUACCCGCCAGCAGCUCCGCAACCUGGAGUGCAUCGUCCUGCAUCGCCUGGACUUCGACCUAGCAGCGCCCACCGUCAGCUUCUUCCUGGAGCACUUCAGCCAGGUGCGGCUGGAGGCUCGGGGAGCCGACGCUGGGGAGGCGGCGGACGCCCGGAGCCUGGCGGCGGGUGUCACGGAACUGAGCCUGGCUGACUAUGCCUUCACCAAAUACGCGCCCUCUCUGCUGGCCGCCAGCAGCCUGGGGCUGGCGGACCGGCUCCUGAGCCACCGCAGCCCCCUGGACCUGCGAGUGAGCGGCUACCCGGAGGAGCUCCUGCGGGACUGCAUGGACCAGCUUCAGCUCCUGGUGUCUCUGAACGGGCGGUCUUUGUCUCUCCUCCUGCCCUCGGAAGUGGCCCAGAAGUGCCCCUGGCUCUGGGGUGACCGCUGACAGCAGGUGGUGGUGGCGACGGCUCUGGCUCGGAGUUCGUGCUCCACUGUCAGUGCAGUCUGAUCCGCUAUGCUUCGGUGUGAUUGGAGCUUAAAAAUUAGACGGCGUCUUGCAAACUACUUUAUGUGUCAUGUCAUAUGCACUGUCCCUUUGCUGUAUUUUUUUAAGUCCAGCAUGUAAAUAAUUUACUGAAUCUCUCAUCCUGUGUUAUUUAAUUGAGGAGUGGUUCAUAAAGAUAACAGUGUAAGGACCAACUGAAGGUUGAGUAAACGCUUUUUUCUUGUUACCUCUGUACAUUUACUUGCUGGCAGUAUGGGGAUGCUGCUGGGAGAGGAAACACAUCGGCACAUAACCAAUUCACCCCGCCAGUUAACUCAAUCCCCCAGAAAUAAAGAUGCCCA